UGUGUAGUUCGUCACACGCCGUUUCCCCUCCACGGUGCCGGACGGCAGCAGCAGACAUGUGUUAUUUAUCGCUCAGCUGUAGAAGACAAAUACCGGCUGUGGAAACGAAGGCUUAAAAGAAUUAGAGGAAAUUAAAGGAGCAGCUGUGCGGAGAAAAAAAAAAAAAAAAGAAGAAGUAGUAGUAGAAGAAGAAGGCGCGUUUUUUGCUGCUGUUGUUGAUUAGAAUGGCGAGUCCGCCGCCGACGGGAGAGCAGCCGAACGCCACCAACACUGUCAAGAAAUGCGGCUAUUUGAAGAAGCAAAAACACGGACACAAGCGGUUUUUCGUGCUGAAAGAAGCCGGGGAGGAAUUCCCGGCGCGGCUGGAGUACUACGAGAGCGAGAAGAAAUGGAAAAACAAAUCGGCCGCCAAGAGAGUUCUUCCUCUGGACUCCUGUCUGAACAUCAACAAGCGGGCGGACGCCAAGUACAAAUAUCUGAUCGCACUUUACACCAAGGAUGAGUACUUUGCGGUGGCGGCUGAAAACGAGCACGAGCAGGAGAGCUGGUACCGGUUUCUGACGGAUUUAAUGGGGAAAGUCUAUGAAGGCGGAGCGGCGGCGGCGGCGUCCAGCUCCGCGUCCUCACUCGUUGGCUUAGACGAGGCGAGUUACGGCUCCAUGACGCCGGUUACCGCCGCCUACAAGGAGGUCUGGCAGGUCACCCUCAAGUCCAGAGGGCUGGGACAGAGCAGGAACCUAACCGGGGUGUACAGACUUUGUCUCUCCAGUCGGACCAUCAGCUUCGUCAAACUGAACUCGGAGGUCGCCUCCGUCAUUUUGCAGCUGAUGAACAUCCGGAGGUGCGGCCACUCCGACAGCUUUUUCUUCAUCGAGAUCGGCCGGUCGGCGGCCAUCGGGCCCGGGGAGUUGUGGAUGCAGGCUGACGAUUCGGUUGUGGCGCAAAACAUCCACGAAACCAUCCUGGAGGCGAUGAAAGCCAUGAAGGAGUUGUCGGAGUUCCGUCCGCGCAGCAAGAGCCAGUCGUCUGGCACCAACCCGAUCUCCGUGCCCACGCGGCGGCACCUCACCCACCUUCCGCCCAGUCAGACCGGGUUGCCCCGCCGUUCGCGCACCGACAGCACAUCUGCCACCUCCCCCGUUAGCAAGAUCGCCUCCUGCCGCAUCCGCGCAGCCAGCGAGGGCGACGGCACCAUGACACGCCCCAUGUCCGUGACAGGGAGCCCCCUCAGCCCGGGGGUCCACAGGACCCUCCUGAGCAGAUCCCACACCAUCACAGCCCGCCCCAGUCGGACAUUUGAGUCAUCGUCCCUCCAGCACAGUAAGUCCAUGUCCAUGCCUCUGUCUCAUUCCCCACCCGUACCCGCGCCCAGCCCGGUGUCCUCCUGCCCGGACACCAGCGCCCCCCGCCCCUCAAGCUGCAGCGCCUCCUUUUCGGGGUCCCCCAGUGAUGCCGGUUUCAUUUCAUGUGAGGAGUACAGCUCCAGCCCAGCUGAAGCUCGGGACCUCAGGCUACCUCUCGCUCUCCGCAGCAACACUCCCGAAUCCCUCACCGCGGACACCCCCCCAUCUCGGGAUGGGAGUGAGCUGGAUGGCUACAUGGUAAUGGAGCGGCAGAGUCAGAAUGGUUAUCGCUGGUUACCAGAGCUGGACAUGGCUUAUCGGAAGCGAACGUACUCCCUCACUACCCCCUGCCGGCAAAGGGGACUCCCCCAAGUGUCUUCAGCCUCCCUGGAUGAGUACACGUUGAUGAGAGCCACUUACAACACUCGCAGGUGUCACGCCGCCUCUCCCAAGGGAGCGUAUCCUGAGGACGUAUCCUACAGGGACAGUGGUUAUAUGCCGAUGAUGCCAGGUGUGGCACCUCAGUCGGCGAGGAUGAAGGACGAUGCCUACAUGCCCAUGAGCCCCAUGUGUGUUUCUGCUCCAAAGCAGAUCAUCAACCCCCACGGACACCCCUCUCCAGCAGCGCUGCCCGUGCAGACAGAUUUCUCUGGGAGUGCAUCUCUGGAGGACAGUGGCUAUAUGCGCAUGUGGUGUGGAACGAAAAUGUCAGUCGAGAGCAACGAUGGCAAAGUUACUAACGGAGAGUAUCUGAACAUGUCUCCCGUCGACCCUCUGGUGUCUCUCACACCCCCGGACUACAUUCUCAGCCCCGUGGGAGGAGAUCCCCGCCCCCCUCAACAGCAUCACAGACAGCCUUAUUCGUGGAGCUCUUUACCCCGCUCCCUUAAAGGCCCGUUGCAGCGCAGCGGGCACACGGACACAGACCAGUACGUGGUGAUGAGUUUACAAAAACACCCGAUAGCAGAGGAGACCAAUUACUGCUCUGUUUCUCCGGGUCCACCUGGAGCUUCUUCCUCUGGUCCAUCUCCUCUUAGAGCGACUCGGAUAGAUGGGGGUCUCUCGCACCGGGGCAGGGCGACUCGACCGACUCGCCUGGCUUUGGAGUCUUUAAGAAUCCUGCCAUGCAUGAGUGAACACCCGCUUCCUUCAGAGCCACGCAGCCCGGGCGAGUACAUCAAAAUAGACUUCAGCGGCGCUGCACAAAACCCAAAAGCAUCCACUUUGUCAGAGAUCCCCGAGUUCUUGCUCAGUGAACAGCCAAGGUCUUCUCCACUCUCAGACUAUGUUAAUAUUGAUGUCAGCUUGGAUCAGCGUGAAGGUUCCUCUCCCUCGGAGUACCCCAGACUGCUGACCGCCCGCCAGGAUGCUCACGGAGCUGAUGAGGGUAAAAUUAUAGAGGGAGACUCGGAGGAGAGGGGGAGAGUGGAGGAGUACCCCUUUCAACAGCAGGUGAGCCUUGCAGUUCCAGCUGCUCCAGUCAAGGAUGACUACACCGAGAUGACUUUCAGUGCGCUUGCCCCUCUUCCUCCCCUUUCCACCAGCCCUGCUGCAUGUGUGCAGAGACUCAGUCUGGACAAUAUUGUUGACGCCGUACCCUCUGGGCCAGUUGACUCUUUUCUCUUAGGUGGUCCCUUAUUGUCCGUCACCCUCAUGGACCCACACAGAGGGGCUAAAGUGAUCCGUGCAGACCCUAAAGGGCGCCGGCGGCACAGCUCAGAGACCUUCUCCUCCACCACUACCGUUACCCCCGUGUGCCCCUCUUUUGCCCGUGACCCCAAAAGGCACAGCUCUGCCUCUGUGGAGAACGUGUCUCACCCCGUUUGCCACUCCGACAGCCCCGAGGAGGAAUACGGCAGCAACAGCCCCAUGUGCAGGGAGACGUCUGCCGGUUACCAGAAUGGACUGAACUACAUUGCCUUAAACCUGAUGGAGGGAGGCCUGGCGGGGUGCAGGUUAGGGGGCUGCGACAGCCUGCUGGCCUUUAAGACGUCUUGUGGCUGCAAGGGAGGCGUGAAUGGCUUCAGCACAAACCCGUACGCCACCUUGGGCUUCAAGGAGACUGCCACUGCUGUUAAAGAAUGAAGAAUGACUGCUCCUUUUCACCCCGCCUCCCUCGCCUUUUCCUGCAAAAGAGGGGUUGUGAGGAGGUUGCCACGUCGACAGCUGGACCUUGGCACUGCAUCAGACGUCAUUUAACCUCUACGCCCCCAUUAGGGGUCAUGGUGACUGCAAUCACCACAGCAACAUGGACUCUCUUGACCCUUUCCCCAAAUCUUCCCUCCGCUUGUCUUGGCACCCAAACAUCCAGGCGUCACCGCUGCUGCUGUACUAGAUUUUUCAAAAAUACCUUAAAGUGGACUCUUAACACUUAACAGUAAUUAUUUAUCUGUGUGUGUGUGUGUGUGUGUGUGUAGGCCGACAUGAUGUUUUGUUCAUUGCAAUUCAUGUUUGUAAAAAAAAUUAAUAAUUCAUACACUUUCACCUGGUCGUCUGGAUUCAAAGCCAGAUACUCUCAACUAAAAUCCUGUGAACCAAACCUGGACAAAAUGUGUACACAUACAGCUGCGUGCAAAGGUUUUUGUACACGUAGGAAAAUUC